UCCCGGGGCCAGCAAGGGAAGAGGUGACAGAGGGCGGCGCGGGGCGGGGCGCUGCAGGCCUCGCGUCCACCUGCCCGGCCGCUCGCACUCGUGUCGGUCGGCGGGGCCUGCGCGGGCCCAGGCCCAUGGCGGCGUCCGCGGCUCUGUCGGCGGCGGCGGCGGCGGCGGCCCUGUCAGGCCUGGCGCUGCGGCUGUCGCGCUCGGCAGCGGCCCGCGGCUCGUACGGCGCCUUCUGCAAGGGGCUCACGCGCACCCUGAUCACCUUCUUCGACCUGGCCUGGCGGCUGCGCAUGAACUUCCCCUACUUCUACGUGGUGGCCUCGGUGAUGCUCAACGUCCGCCUGCAGGUGCGGAUCGAGUGAGCGCACGCCGCCGCAGCCCCGGCCAGAGGGACCGGCGCGCGCGGCCCAGACGGACAGGGGCGCCGGCAUGGAGGACGGCCGCCCGCACGCGGCGGGGGCAGGAGGCGGGGCGGCCGGGGCCCCCGGACCCUAGACCUCCGCGGGAGGACGCGGGCCACCGAGCCACCCAGCCGGGCCCCGGCCGCGACCCGCCCACACGCGUCGCGGCCGGUGACCCAUUGCACAGAAACUCACCAGACGGGUCC